CAAGUUUUUGUCUUUUGACGGUCAAAAUUGCCCUUUUGUAUCAUAUAGAACGCACGUCUGAGAAUAUGGAGCUUUUCAACAUUUUCCCACCAAAUUGUGCGGAGACAAAAUAGGAACCCACAAGAUUUGAAGUUUUCUAUCUCUUUGGACAUGUCGGAAGCUUCUUUGAACAUGGACCUCCCUACAGUUGAAGAAAAAAUCAAAACAGCAGAACUUGAAGAUGUGCAAUUAGAGGAAGUGAAGGAAACUAAACCAGCAGCAAUUGAGGAAGUUGAGGACGACGAUGCUCUCUUCCACUGUGAUCUAUUUGAUGCAGAGAUGGUUCAAAAGGUAGCGGAUGAAUUUCUCCCUGGAUUGGCCUCUGCCUGUAUUGACAAUACGACUGGUGGUUUGUUGAAUAGCCCCGCUUCUGUGGCUGUUGAUAUUAGAAGAGAAAUGGUGGACUAUCUUGUCCAGAGAAGCGAGAUGUUUGUUGCAGAAUCUGUUGUCUUAGAAGGUGACUCGGUUAUUGAAGUGUCUGACAACCCUCAUGAUAUUAUAUCUGAUUUUAUUGAUGAUUUUGCACAGUCUAAGAGGAACUUUUUCUGCAAAGUUUCAUCAUGGAUGCUAAGUGAAAGGAGAGAGGAAAGGAUAGAUGAUUUCAUACAAGAAAUGGAAAUGAAUGGCUUUUGGUUGAUGGCGAGGAGGAUAACAGUGGCACAAACAUCGAUAAGAAAUAUUGACUUCAAAAACAUUUAUCACUGCAGUAUGAGGUUCAAAUCUGAAGAAGAGCUUUCGAAGCAUAUCACCUCGUGUGGUUUCAGGGAAUUGAACUGUGAAAAUGAGGGAUGUAAUGCUCGAUUUAGUGCAGCUCAGCUGGAACUGCAUGAUUCAACAUGUCCGUUCAAAAUACUCCAAUGUGAGCAGAAAUGCCCAGCAACACUCAUGAGGCGUGAAAUGGACAGGCACUGUAUAACUGUAUGUCCAAUGAAGCUUGCCAACUGCCCCUUCUAUCCAGUAGGCUGUGUAUCUACUAUUCCUCAAUGCAAAACAGACCAACACCGUCUCGAGAAUCUUCUGCCUCACUUGACCCACAUCUUAAAACUUAUUCACAAGGAAGCAUCUUUCGAGGCUUUGAAGAAAAGGGCUGAGCAAUUGUUGGAGGCAUCAUCACCUGGACGGCUGGCAGCUGCUCGUGAUGCAAGAUCAUUAACAGUUGCAAUCAAGAGUAUUGAUGCAAAGCUUGGCCCUUUGGAAGCUGAGGAAAUUAAAGAGGACAAUGCAGAUGACGCUUACUUGAAAGAUGAAAAAAAGGAUAGCACUGAUCUAUCCGCCAAAAAGGAUUGUUCUAUUGACUUGUCUCAUAAUGAUGAACAAUCUCCACAGCUUAAUUCCACAGCUUCACCGCACAAAUCAGAGAAAGUUGUGGAACCAACAGUUAAAACGGAUUCAACCAAUGAACACUGUGAGAAACCAGACUCUAGAGAUCUACCCCAUAACAAAAAUGACGGUUUAAAAUCACCUGACAAAAGUGAAGAGUCUCUGAGCACAUCUGAAAAACAUCAAGAUGUCACAACUUCAGCACACAAACUGGAGUCACCCAAAAGUGAAGAUCCUCCCAAGUCACCCGAGAAGCAUCAUAAUUCAACAACUUCUGAAGACAAAAAGGAGUGAAAUAAGAUCUUCGCGGAACAAAUGAUUCUCAGACUGUGAUCAGCAAAUCAGCACCUGACUAAUGAAGAUUUAACAGAUUCACGGGUGGAAAGGUAAAACAGCCAAAAACUCAUUUUCUAAAAGUAAAUGCAUGUGUAGCCACCAAAUGAGAAGUAGAAUCCAAAUCUUUGGAGGUCAAGUGCAAGAGAACACAUAUAGUCAUUUUGUAUAUUGAAUACUGAUCAGUACCUUCAACAGUACUGAUUCUCGAAUUCUCAGGCUGGAAGAUGGACGACAAGAAAGUAAGUACAUUGUUUUAAGAUUGUCUCUAUCUUCAUAUCUGAGAUGGAGCAUGGCCAUAGCAUAGGAGAUGGACAAGAAUCUUUUUUGCAUGAAAUAGAUAAAUUUGCAUACUAGUUUUGAUCUUCCUCAAAAAUGGCACAAUUUUGUUUUAAAUCCUUUUUUCACCUCCAUACAUAGACAGAUAUGAACAUUUUUCCUGUAUAAUUUAUCACUAGCAAAUUUUCCUCUUGCUUAUUCAUUUUUUCUUGCUUGUAA